GUUGUCUUCCCGUGAUGCUUUGGAUGUUUUUGCGUUGUCAUUUGUUGUCAGGCUUAUCUUUUAAGAGAGAUACACAAAUUCAGUGUAUUUGUUGAUAGCUGAACAUAGCGAUGUUCUUGUGUAAAUGGUACAGGCGGAGUUUGGAUUGUUGUCGGUAGCGUUAGCUGUGGCAGGAAGCUAAUAAGAAGCUAAGCGGAGCAAUACAAAAGAGGAGGCAACAAACUGCUGUCGCGGCGGGAGAAAAUCAAAGUUACUACACGACUUUUUCAGUACUUUUGGGAUUAAAACAUGGAAAUACCGAGUUUGGGAAAGGAAAGAUUGAUUGUGCCGACCGAUUUUACAAAGAGUAAGGUCCAGGACAACCUUGUGCCUCCAUCACAUUUUGCAUCUACUGUUUCAUCUGCUGGAGUGCAAAUAUCAGCAACAGGAGGGAAGAUGCCAGUAACAGCUCCUCCAAUUAACUGGACCAAACCUAGUCUAGCCUCAUUACCCAGUACAGACCAUAGCCACAGCAGUUAUUGGCUCGUGAUGUCACAGACACAACAAGAAAUAUUAGAGCUCAAGAAGGAGAAUCAAAGGCUAAUGCUGCUUCAAAAUGAAAAUCUAAGUAGAAACAAAGUGAGAGAUUAUAACCCAAGGCCAGUGGAGAGGAGUGAGCAGUGGGCAUCACAGUGGCGUCUGGAAUCUGAGAAUUACAAGGCUGAAACUGAGAGGCUGAAAGGGCAGGUGCAGACACUGAAAGAAGCAGCCGUCACACACAGAGCGGAGAUAAGAGAUAAAGACAUAACACUAAACAGACAAGCUCAUGAGUUGGAAAUGGUGUGUGAGGAACUGCAAAAGAUUAAAGCAGAACUUGGCCUUGUGAGAGAGGAGCUGUCUCAAGCCAUAAUAGAGAAAGAACAAAUACGUACACAGUCAAGUGAGGAAAUCCAAAUGCUGAACAGGGACUUGGAAAUUAGCAGGGAGGAGGCUAAGGACUUGAGCUUGAAAGCAGACCAGUGCAGGCUACAGGCCGAGGAGGCGAUCAAACAGCAAACCCAAAGACUGUCAAAACAAUUGGAGGAGUUGCAGAAGAAUCAGGAAACUAAGAUACAGAAGCUGACUGCUUCACAUAGUGCUGAGCUACAAAAGACAGUGAGAGAAAACCGUGAACUACACGACCGACUUCAGAUCAUGUCUUCAGAGGUGCUGCAGCUCAAAGGCAGGCUGACAGAAGUAUCCGCUGAGAAAAACGGGCUCAAAGAUCAUUUAAGCCAAAUGAGACAAGCAUUUGAGACACAGUCUGCAACACUGCAUAGCCUCAGAAAUUACAUUGGCCAGCUCACCCCUGAGAGUGGAGAGAGGGACCGACUUAAUGAAGCACUUGAGAGACUGAACAAAGAGAAGGCAGCUCUACAGACAACUGCCGAGCUUUUGACUAUCAGACUCAACUCAGUUAAUGAGAUCCUCACCCUCCAAGAAGAAAAGCUAAUAAAGAAGAACACCACAGAAUCAUUUGUAAAGAAUGGAUCUGAAGCUUUGCAUGUGCUGCAACUCUGGAGAGAAAAAGUCUUCAAAUUGUGUGUUCAACUUCGAACUAAAGACAUUGAACUAAGAGGGGAGAAGUAUGAACUACUUUCACAGGUUAAUGCUAUAGCACAGCAGCUCCAGCAGGAGCAGCACCAGACCAGUGUGCUCCGACACAGCCUGGAGGACAAGACUGCGGCUCUGGAUCUGGAGCGAGUACAGAAAGAGUCUUUUUCUCUUCAGACUCUAAAACAACACUUGGCCCAGACUCAAAAGGAAAAUUCCCAGCUCAAACUACAGAUGGAUAAAGACCAGAAAGACCUAAAAUAUCUGUCAGAAGCUGUGCAAAGGUUCAGUUUUGUUUUUAAAGAGAAGGUAUUAGAGGUUGAUGCUGCUCAAACCAAACUGAAUAUGUGUGCACAGAGACUAACAUUUGCUAAAAGACGAGUGGAGACGAUUCAAGGGCUCAUCAUGAGGAGAGCAGCUCUUCAGAAAGUGCAACAAUCGACUAAACAAGUAGAACAAGCUGCUGACUGCAUCAGAAGCCUGCAGACAGAGCUGCAGAUGGUGUCUGAGGAGAGAGACAGACUCACUCUAGAGCUCAAACGAACCCCGGAGCUGAUUGAGAAGGCCCUCUCUGAUCUCAAAGAACAAUAUGAAGGCAAACUGAUGCAGAAGCAGCAGGACUUGGACCAGAGUAUUGUGAACAUUCAGGAGGCUGUCUCUGAGCGCAACCAGGCCCAGAGGAGGGAAGAGCUGAUCCAGGAGCAGCUGCAUCAGACGGAGGUCAAACUGGAGCGUCUCAGCUGUGAGCUCCUCUCUCAGCAGGAGAGCAGCCAGAGAGCCCUAGAGGAGAGGGUGUCUGAGAUUGAGGAAUGCUGUGCUGCAAAGUUAAAAGAGAUGGAGGAUCAAGUCAACAGAGCCAGAGCUGAGCAUACCAGAGCAGUAAUGACGCUGCGGCACUUUGAGAGACAGGCGACCAAGAAGAAGGAACAUUUGCAGAGAGACCAUGCACAGAGCGAGCCUGGAGUUUCUGUUCUUAUAAACCACACGGCUAUACAACCUGGCCCUGCUCUGUGGGAACAAAGAAAAACCAUUUCACAGACACCGACUCUGAGGCCAAAGGUUCAACUACCAGCAGAUGCUCAGCUCCUGUCUGUGCUGGAGGAGCUUCAGAGCCUGAGUGCUGCAGUGGUUAACAGCUCAGAGGAUUCGGCAGCAGAGGAGGAGGGACCAGUUGCUCAGGACAAUAAUAUGAAAGGUUCACAUAGAGACGGACGUCAUGGUGAUGCUGAAGAAGAAUGACUCAAACGAAGAGGCUGCUUUGUGUUUGUUAAAAUGCAGCUAAAACAUUUCCUAUCCAUUGUAAAAGGUCAAUGUUUUAUUAAUAUAUAUUUUUCUGAAUAUUGAAUAUUUUAUACUGAAUAAAAUAAAUGGACCCCCAGCCCCGCGACCCAGCCCUGGAUAAGCGGAAGAAAAUGGAUGGAUGGCUGAAUAAAAUAAAUGGAACUUUAUUCAUUA